AUGCCUCCCACCAUCGCCCUCGCCGGCGCAACCGGCAACCUGGGCCUCCCCAUCCUCACCACCGUACUGGACGCGAACUACACCGUAACAGCCCUCUCGCGAAUCGGCGGCAACUCCUCAAAGCUAAAGCCACACCCAAACCUCACUAUCAAAGAAGUCGACUUCACCUCGGCGGCCUCUCUAACCGCCGCACUCCAAGAAUCCCAUCCUAAAGUCGAAGUCGUCAUCUCCUGCCUCGCAACCCUCGCAAUCGGCAGCCAGAACCCACUCAUCGAUGCGGCCGCCGCAGCAGGCGUGAAGCGGUUCAUACCCGCUGAGUUCGGGAUGGACUCGAUGAAUCCGCUCUGUGUGGAAUUACCGGUCUGUGCGCCCAAGACGGCGACGCAGCGGUAUCUGAGCGAGAAAACCAAAUCGCAUCCGGGGUUUAGCUGGACGGCUAUUGCGAACGGUUUGUUUCUGGAUUGGUGUUUGGAGGAGGGGAUUAUUCUUGAUUUAAAGGCGCAUAAGGCGACGCUUUAUAAUGGUGGCGAGGUGCGGUUUAGUGCUACGCUGUUGGCGGAUAUUGCGAGGGCGGUUGUUGGCGUUGUUGGGAAUCUGGAUCGGACUAGGGAUCGCGUUGUUUAUGUGCAGUCUGCUUGUGUGACCCAGAAUAGGCUUAUUCAGUUUGCAAAGGAGAAGGAUGGGGUUGAGUGGGAUGUUAGGGUGAAGGAUACAGAGGAGGUGAGGCGGGAGAGUUUUGAGGAGCUCGAGAAGGGUGCAGCAGAUGCGGCGAUGCUGGGAUUCUCCAUUGUUGGGUGUCUUGAUCCAGCGUAUGGGUGUGACUUUUCAGGGCGUCUGGACAAUGACCUGCUGGGAGUGAAGGAGCUGAGCGAUGCUGAAUUAAGGGGACUUGUAGAGAGUUUUCUGUGA